AUGUCCUAUACACAGGAAAGGAAAACUCUCCCUCAUGCUCUUCUGCUACUCUUCCUGAGCUUCCAGUCCCUCAUCACUCCUGUCUCGAAGGCCGAUGAGGAAGCGGCCACCUCUAUUCAUUUCCUUCCCACAGUGGAGUUUGCUGUGGACACGUUCAACCAGAAAAGUCAGGAGGAAAACGCCUACAGGGUGGAACAUAUCCUGAGUUCCUGGAAGGAGGAGGUGAAUUUUCCAGCUGUUUACUCCAUGAAGCUUCAGCUGCGUAGAACCAUGUGCAAGAAAUUUGAGGAAAGCCUCGACACUUGCCACUUUCAGCAGAGCUACAGUCCGAAUAACACGUUCAUCUGCCUGUUCACUGUUGGUACCUUUCCCUGGGUAACAGAGUUCAAGCUCUACAAGCAUGAGUGCUCAUAA